CAGAGAGGGAGUCAGUAGGGCGUCAACGUUCUUUUGAAUAUGUCCGCUUAAGUUGCGCCUAGUUUGCUUAGUCCUAACAGUGUGAAAACAACCAUGAAUUUGCUGCUGCUUGCUGUGGCCACAGCAGCUCUGCUGGCGGUGGCCGGUGGCCAGGACUUGGGCCGUUUACCGGACGACAUUAGAGGCCUCAGGCCGGGGGAGGACAAGACGUGGCAGUUUAGAAAUAGACUGCGCUACAACAAACGUUAUGAUCACCCGACGCACAUGGUGCUGUGUCCGCGCACACUGCGACCCGCCUCCGUGUACAGGUGUGUCGUGUCCAUCCUGCACCUCGACAUUACAGUACACGUACGCACCAGUAUACAGAUGGACGGAGUGGAGAUAGCGGCCGCCAAAGCGCAGGUCAUCAAGGGCUACCCUCAGAUGAUGCUCAUGAGGAUGAUGCUCAUGAGGGUAAGUGGGUCAAGGGCUACCNGCAGGCCGGUCUACACGGGGGACCAGAUAGUUCGGUUCCGCAUCAUCCUGCUGACGACGGAGCAGAAGCCCUACGACGACCCCGUCGACGUCUACAUCCUGGACCCCGACGGGUACGCCAUGCGGCGGUGGCCCUCGCAGCCCACCAACGUGGGUGUGGUGUCCAUGUCCUUCAAGCUGCCCUUCCUCCCUAAGGAGGGCUGGUGGACCAUCAGGGCGCUGGUCAAUGGACAGAUCAAGGACCAUAAGAUACGCGUCACUAAGUGGUACACGCCUAGGUUUGAGACGAAGGUGUACAUGCAGAAGUACUUCCUGGAGACGGACGAGUUCGUCGUUGGGUCCAUCGAGGGCGAGUUCGCCAACGACAAAGGGGCCUUCGGCAACGCCACCAUCAGGCUGUACGGCCGCGCCCCUCCUGCCCUUAGGACAUGGACACUGGCGUCCACUCUGGACGUCGAGGUGUUUGACGGCGCGUACGACUACGAGCUCCCCAUGGAGGACGUGCGGCGCAUCAUCGGGGACACGUCGCAGGGGGGCGCCAUGAUCCGGGUGGAGGUGGGGGUGUCCUACCACGACGGGGAGCCUCUGAGCAGGGAGAAGCUCGCCACGUCCCGCCUCACCGUGCGGGCCGAGGCCGUCCUGGAGACCGGGGGCCGCGAGACCGUCCUCGAGAUCAUCAUCCCGCCUGCGUCUGAGGAGGCAGCUGAGACUCGCCUGCUAUCCCGCCUGCAGUAUGGCAACAAGUUCGACUAUGACUACGACUACGACAGCUCGCGUGCCCCAGUGGGGGGCGGUGGCACGGCGGGGGGCGACACGUCCCCCAACACGCCCCCCUACGGCAGCAGCAGACACGCCACGGACUUCACGACCCUGUUCAGGAUGCCGGAGCAGGAGCUCGUCAACAGGAAGCUCGAGAUAUUCCUGCGCAACGUCCAGUUCAAGAAGUACCGGGACCGCGGGGUGUUCGAGUUCGUGCUGACGGUACCACCUCUGACGUCGACCAUGACCUUCACAGCGCAGUACAGCGACGAGGAGGGUUCCGUGGCCGGGGCCACCGCGCAGGCCAUCGCACACUACUCCACCAGGAAGGAGUACCUGGCCGUGGAGACCUCCACCAAAGACGCCAAGGUCGGCGAGUUCGCCAUCUUCCACGUCAGGGCGAACUACCACCCGGAGUCCUUCCACUACAUCAUCAUGGCCAAGGAGCUUCUCCUCUACUCUUCCCUCGGGAUCUUCGGGUCGCACGAGGGCGGGUCCGUCAAGACCCUGGCCGUGCCCGUGAGCGCCGAGAUGGCGCCCUCCUUCAGGCUCGUCGUGUACGCCAUGGGGCACGGGCACGAGGUCGUGGCGGACAGCAUUACCGUGCCCGUGGACGGCAUAUCCCGCCAUAAUGUAACCCUGAUCCUGAACAAGGACAAGGACCACACCCUGCGCACCCUGGAGCUGGGGACCUUCAGCUCGGCCGGGGCCUUCUUCGGGAUGUCGGGGGCGCGGUCCUUCGGGUACGCCAUGCAGGCGGGCAACGAGCUGUCCCAUGCCUCGGUCAUGGCUGAACUAUAUGCCUUCACCAACCAUACCAGGUCUAUCCACCGGAUGCGGUGGCGGCACCGGGAAGGCCUGCAGCCCGACGAGAGCCUGUACUUCGUGGCCCACAACUACGGACCGGACGCGAACCGGACCUUCGGGUUCAGCGGACUCGUGAUAUUCACGGACGGACACGUGGGCACCCUGCCCGGGUACCGGGAUGCCCAGUGUGACGAGAGGCUGGGGUACCGGCCCUGUCUUACCGCUGGGUGCUACCCCCUGCAUGAGAAGUGCAACGGCAUCAGGUAUUGUGCGGACGGCUUUGACGAGUCGGACUGCGGUGCACAGACCGAAGACUUUUCGGAAGUCGAGUUCCGCGUGCACCAGUUUCUGUGGUUCGCUGACCUCUUUGACCCCGAAGAUGGGGACUGGAACUGGUUGGACUUCAACAUCGGGUACAAAGGGCACGAGAUGACCACCAUCGAGCUCAACAAAGUGAAUGACCCCUACAUCGUGAACGCCUUCAGCAUCAGCCCCGAGCACGGGUUCGGGCUCAUCCCCAAGGCCUUCGAGUUCAUGUCGCUGCCGCCCAUAUACAUCACGCUCGAGAUGCCUCAUACCUGUCGCCGCGGCGAACAGGUGGGGGUCAGGGUCAUGGUAUUCAACACGGUACCGCGGGAAUUUAUGAUCCUGCUGAUCCUGCACGGGUCGGAGGACUACGGGUUCGUGGAGGUCGAGGCUGAUGGGGAAGUGGACUUCUUCCGUCCCCGCGUCACCCGUGGGGACCACCAGCACCUCCUGUCCGUGGAUGGGGAGAGCUCCGUGGAGGUCAUCUUCCCCAUCGUGGCCCUGGUGGACCAGGGGGAUGUGGAGGUCGAGGUGUCUGCCGUCACGCAAGUGGGGAGGGACAGUGAGAGCGCCACGCUCACUAUAGAGGGGCACCUCGCCAUCUCCGGGGACAUCGUGGGGCCUACCUUCCCUUAUGGUGAGGCCACGUGA